UUGUAAAUGACACUUCAAGUCUAACCUAACUUAGCCGCCGCCGAAAAAAGUGAGACGAAAUAUUCCUAGAAAUUUAUAUUGAUUUUGUAAAAUAUACAUAUUGUAAAAACAUCUAUCAAAACUAACUCUACAGUGGAUUAUAUAAAAAAAUGAAUAGUACGUUGUGUUAAAUAAAUAUUUCGGCAUUUUUAUUUAUAAAGCUAGCAUCAGACAGACUGGUAUAAAUAAAUACUAUUUUGACAACAAUAAACAUGAGGCAUUUGGAUUCUUUGGACAAUGCGGGUGCUGAUAAACUAGAAGCUGAACUCCAGGCUGCCAGAGAUGGAUUACGUGAACUGGACCGUGACAUACGUAAAAUUCUUGGACGAGAUUUGCCAGAUACGGAAAAUGGAAUGAAUCAACAAUCAGUGAGAAUCGGACAAAAAAGAUUACUUCAAGAUGACCGCAAAAGAAACGUCCCAGAUUACAUGGGAAACAAUGACCAUCAUUCACAGGGUAACAAACGGAGUCGCUGGCAAUCCCAGUCGUUAUCUUCCCCACCUACGGCGACUCCUGGAGAACCCAAGACAGUUUUCAGUCGAUUGAGCGCACGUGUGCCGUCAACGGCGGACGACAGCGACAAUGACGACGACAAUCCUAUGAAGCCAGCUGUGUCGUCACGAGUCAUUGCUACGCCACGUGAAGUACCAUCCCGGCAAGAAGUUAUUAGACGUGAACGUGUCGACGAACGCAGCCGACAAAGGAACAAACGAAUGUUCGGAGCCUUGCUGGGUACUCUGCAGAAAUUUCGUCAAGAAGAAACUAAACUUAAAGCUAAAGAAGAUAAAAAAGCAGAAGUCGAAGCACGUGUCGAGGAAGCCAAGAGACGCGAAAAAGAAGAACUAAAGCGCGAGCGACAGCAAUUAUUUUUGUCACGAAAGCGGCAAUUAGCUGAAGUUAAAGCUCUGGAAUCGAAAUUAGCUCGCAGUAAGCAAUUUCAGAUUUGGAAAAAUGCGCAAUUGCCGCUUGCGUCUUUCAUUAAAACUCAAACUACACCUGCUAUUUAUUAUCUGCCAAAACGGAAGCAUCCUAAGACGGAUACUCUGCUUGAACAAUGUGCUAAAGAGCUUCAUGCGGAAGUGGAACGAAGGGAAAAAGCUCUGGCCGAAGAAAUAGAAGCUAUUGAGUCUCAAAUAAACGCAAAUAAACAGAAUGAUAAUCUUGAUAAGUCGGAGUCUAUGGAAAUAAAUGAGAUGCAAAUAAUGGAGGACGGUGAAGAAAAUCGGGACCCUAAUCCUGAGGUUAAAGAAAAAGUAUCCGAGGAUACUUCGCCGGUGGCUGUUAAAAUGGAAUUUCAAGACACUGUUGCUGAUGAUGUUAAAAAUACCGAUCACAUUGAUGUGUCAAAGGUCAAAAAAACUGAAGAAAGUAAUGAAGAGGAGAAUUUAAAUGAAAAUUACGGUUGAAUAAUUAUUUUUCUAAUAACUGUAUAUAUGCUU